GACUCUGUCGGCCAUUGCUCCAUAAGCACGCCUAGCCAGUGUACCGUCGGCCUUAUCCGGCAAUAUCUCGUGUCUGGAGAGCUGCCGGAAGCCGGUACAGUUUGCCCAGUUGAUAUUUUGCCAUUUUAUUUCGAGGAACGAAACCUGUAG